GUUGCAUUACAAUAAGAUUUAACGGUGUUGUGUUUGUAAAUGUGUUUAGUGUGCAGAUAAUACUUUUCAUCUUUUCUGUACUUGUCAGAUGGCGCCGUUUUUUAUCUUCCUUUAUUCUGAUUGGACUGUCACAGGUCUUUGUUUACACAGUUACAUCCUCAACUCCGCUUCAAACUUUCUUCUUUACUCUUUAAAUAGUGCUGGUAAAAAAACAAUAGCAAAUCGUACAAGUAAACGUGCAACUCCAUUGAGCGCUGGUGGGGGUGCUACGGCAGCUCAAGUAAAUAAUGGAAAAAAGGCAUCAGUUGUUAAAGCAGCUUCGCCAAAACGACGUCCAGCAGUUAAAAAUAAACAAUGUAUUCAGACUAAUGUUGAUGUUGAUACAGAUGAUACAAAACGAAAAAAUCGUCUUACAAAAUCAACAAAAGCUCCUGCACAAAGAAAACCUGCAACUCCACGUACAUCAAAUAAAAAGUUAGUAUUUUCAUCUUUUUCUGGUUGUCGGAGCUACUGGUAUACCUACUGUAUCUUUUUUCCUUUAUUAAUA